AUGGCCAACUCCACAAUAUUUGAUGUCUUCUACUUUUGUGCCUUUGCUGAUAUGAAAUUGAAAAGCUUGUUAUUUUCUAUUUUCCUGAUUGUAUACCUUUCAACACUAAUAUGGAAUGUGGUUAUUAUUAUUCUCACAAAAAUAGAUAAUCAUCUUCAGACACCAAUGUACUUUCUCCUUAGAAAUCUGGCAUUUUUAGACAUUUGCUAUACCUCUACAACACUGCCACAAAUGCUUGCCAAUUUAUUAAUAGAGAAUUUAGCUAUUUCUGUACCGGCAUGUAUUAUCCAGCUAUUUGUAUUCCUCUCAUUAGCGGCCUCCGAGUCUUCCUUACUAGCCACAAUGGCUUAUGACCGAUAUGUUGCUAUAUGUAAUCCAUUGAGAUAUUCGCUCAUUAUGAGUAAAGAUGUUUGCCUCUAUAUGGUUGCUGGAACCUGGGUAAUUGGGGCCAUUUAUGGAGCAAUUCACACAGCUAAUACUUUUAGAUUGCCCUUUUGUGGCUCCAAUGUUCUCAACCAUUACUUCUGUGACAUUCUACCACUGUUGAAGAUUUCCUGCAUUGAUACUCUCCCUAAUGAGGCUACUGUUUUUGUGUUGGGGGGCUUUUUAAUGCUUGGCUGCUUCUUAAUGAUAUUUGGAUCUUAUGUACAAAUUUUGCUGUCAGUCUUGAGUAUUCCGAAAGGAUGUGGGAGAAAGAAGGGUCUGUCAACUUGUGUGUCCCAUCUCAUUGUUGUACUUUUGUUUUAUGGAAGUGGUAGUGUUAUGUACUUCCGCCUCAAAUCUAAUGUGCUUACAGAUAAGGAAUGGCUAUUGUCUCUGUUCUACUCAAGCAUUACACCUCUCUUAAACCCCCUCAUAUACAGUCUGAGGAACAAAGAUAUUCAAGGGGCAUUUCAAAAACAUCUGAAGAGAUUUCCAAUAAGCAGACAUUUCUAG